GGCAAGCGCGGACACCGCGCGCUCCGCUGGAGUUUCGAACGCUGUUGGCCCCCGAGACAGAAAAAAAAUAUAAGAGCGGCGGCCAAUGGCGAGGUGGGAAGGACCCGCGCGCAGACCCGGCCCCGCCCCCGCCGGAGGGACAGAAGGCCGGGCCUGGCCAUUGGCUCGCGCCGCCUGUCACUCGUCGGUGCGACCAGCGGGCAGCGGCCUCGCGGUGACUGGUUCCGCCCAGGCGCGAAAUGUAACGCGGGAAAAGCCAGGGCAGGCACCGCGGCGGCAGGUUGUUAUUUUUGGGGGCUCAGCGCCGCGCGUCCUGCUUUCCUGUCACCGCAAGUGCCCGGCAGUCCGCUGCUUCCCGCGGUUGCAGCCUGCGCUGCGGAGUACGAAGAGCGGAGGGCGCUUGACCUGGGGCCGGGGUCCAGCCCUGCCCGCCCGUGCCGGCCGCUCAGUUCCUUAGGUGGCCGCUGCGCAGGAUUCCGGGACGCGUCCGUCUGCAAUGAGCCGGCAGCACUGAGCCGGCGACUCGGAGCAGAGCGAGCGAGGGACAGAGCGGUGCUCAGGGGUGCGGCCCGGGGCCGCCGGAGCUGCGGGUCGGGCCGGGCGAUGAUCCGGGGCGUGGAGGCGCCCAUGGCGGAGAACCCGCCGCCGCCCGUCAUCUUCUGCCACGACUCCCCGAAGCGGGUGCUGGUGUCGGUCAUCAGGACGACCCCGAUCAAGCCUACGUGCGGAGGGGAGCCGGAGCCGCCGCCGCCGCUCAUCCCCACCAGCCCCGGCUUCAGCGACUUCAUGGUGUACCCGUGGCGCUGGGGCGAGAACGCACACAACGUGACGCUCAGUCCCGGGGUCGCGGGGGCCGCCGCCUCGGCCGCCCUGCCCGCCGCCGCCGCCGCCGAGCACUCGGGGCUUCGGGGCCGGGGCGCGCCCCCGCCUGCCGCCUCGGCCUCCGCCGCCGCCUCGGGAGGUGAGGACGAGGAGGAAGCGAGCAGCCCAGACAGCGGCCACCUCAAGGUGAGCGGCGCGGGCGGGCGGGCACGAGGCAGCCGGGGCCCGUUAACGAUCGCCCUGGCCCUGUUCAAAGAUGCCCUGCAGAGACAGCCGAAGAGCAGGAAGGGACUUCGGGGCGUCUUCUGCGGCUGCAGUUGUGCUUCGCUGCCUUUCGUUUAUCCAGCAUACUACUUGCUAGGUGUUGAAAGCACAAUUCUGAGAGAGAAGAAAGCAGGUCUAACUGCCUUCUGCCACAGGAUGUUCCAAGACUCCCCACCUUGUCCCUCUACUCAGACUGUAUUUGAAGUACUUCUCCACUGUGGGGCCGCAUCUAUUUACUUAGGUGAGAGGCCUUAUCUGUGUGACUAUCCAGACUGUGGAAAAGCCUUUGUUCAAAGUGGACAGCUCAAAACACAUCAGCGUCUUCACACCGGAGAGAAACCUUUUGUUUGCUCAGAAAAUGGCUGCUUGAGCAGAUUCACCCAUGCAAACCGCCACUGUCCGAAGCACCCGUAUGCCAGGCUGAAGAGAGAGGAGCCCACGGACACACUCAGCAAGCAUCAGGCUGCCGACAACAAGGCCGCGGCCGAGUGGCUGGCAAGGUAUUGGGAAAUGAGAGAGCAGCGCACUCCCACCUUGAAAAGCAAGCUGGUUCAGAAGGCUGAUCAGGAGCAGCAGGACCCUCUGGAAUACCUUCAGUCUGAUGAAGAGGACGACGAGAAGAGGGGGGCCCAGCGCCGGCUGCAAGAGCAGCGGGAGCGCCUGCAUGGAGCCCUCGCGCUCAUAGAGCUUGCCAACCUGACUGGGGCGCCACUCCGACAGUAGCCUGGACACUGACUGUUCCACUGUACAGAAUUACUGCCCAGUGUACUUAAAAAGUAGAUCCUUGGGCAUAAGCUCAGCACCUUAUUUGCUUAUCAUAGGCUGCUAUUCUGUAGAAAUUUAUGAAGAAUGUUAUUGCCCCAGAAUAUGGGGUGAGAGAGAAAUGCACUUUUUUUAUAUGGAAAUAGAUUUGAUGUAAAGUUUAAAAUAUUUUGUAAAUAUGGACUGCACAGUACAGGGUAGAAAACGACAGAUUGUGGGAAGCUAGAUUUUGCAAGUUUAAUGCAUUCAUUGGAAGUAGUUCUCACAGGAAGCACUUUCUGAAUAAGACACUUGCAUAAAAAACGGAAUGGUACAAAUAACCAAAGAAGGUUGAAACAGAUUAUUUAUAAGAUCAUUUUUAACAAUGUAUAUUGGUAUGUUUAACAAUACUGUAAACACUGAAGCAAGCAAGAAAGUAUAAGAUAUGUAAGAUAGAUAAUUUUAAAUUGCAAAAUACUGCGCCCACUAAGGCUAGAGAAAUGGAAGGCUAUUUUGGAAGAUGUUCUAAGUAAUGGACUUAGAAGAAAAUAGAUAUUUGAAGAUCUUGGUAAGAUGCACAAUAGUUCAGAAUUUUUGAAAUUGGAGCAAAAUCAGUCUUAUUCUAUCUUUCUGGGGCUUUACAACUCAGUAUAAUGUUUAAGUUUGAAAAGCGCUUGUCAUCCCUAGCAUGUUAACUUGGGAACUUUUGCACAUUUCAUAUUUCUUAUUGGCUGAAAUUGAGUGAUUAAUCUUGCAAAGUCUAGGUAACAUAGUGAUUGUUAAUUUUAAAAGUAACAUUAAGGGCCCUGUAAUGAGAUUUGGCACUUGGAUUUUUACUAAAGGGACACCUACAGGGUUGUUUUGUAGUGAAAUGUUUUAGAUCUUUUGUUAGCAAACACUACAUUUUAAUUGUACUGCUUCUUUAGAAUUAUUAGAAAAUUGAAGCCUCCAUAUUUAUAUUUUCAGUGCAUAAAGCCACUUUCUUGCUUUACUUCAGAGUAACAUGCCAAGCUAUUUUAUGUUCACUAAAUUUAGCUAUCAGUUAAACACUGCAGAAAAUAUUAGCUACUCAAAUAAGUAGGCUUCUGAAAUAGUUUUAACUGCAAGUGUGUUAACUUGUAUGGUGGUUUUAAGCCAUUUUUCUAAAUAAAGUUAAACACCACUUUAUGUACUGGAGCAUGAACAGAAAAAUCAAGAGCUGAGCAGACCACCUCCUUUAUGUAGGCAAAAACUUCCAUCAUUUUGGCUUUUGACAUGCAUAGCAUGGUAAUUUACAGAUUGCUUAAUUGGAGUAAAACUCAUAGUAGUAGAGGGAAAUAUGGGCUCUUCAGUGCCUUUUUAGCUUUUUUGAGUUGAAAGGGUUCCUACAGAUGUAGUUUAAACAUUAGAAAGUAGGCUUCUUUAUCCAAAAAUCCCAAUGUGUCACAGUACACAGAUAGUUUAAAAUAUGUAGCCUUGGGGAAGGGGAGGCAUGUCAAUGUCUUGGAAGAGGAGAAAAAGUAUGAAAGGAGAUAUGAUAGUACAAAUAAUGUGUAUGACGAGGACAUACUUUAAAAAUGUAAUUCCUCUGUACAGUAAAUUACAAAUCUUUAGGGAUUUUUUUUUUAAAUAAGAGAAUUUAUAUUUGUAAUGGUCUAAGAAUUUUGUUUUUAAUGUGGUAUAUAGAAUUUUAAUUUGGAGCACUUACAAGCUGGUAAGAGAGACUAUAGCAUCUGAAUUGCCUUGGUUUAUGUUUCAGCAUUUCCUCUAGAAGUUUUCUUCUCAAAUACGUGAUUUAAUGAACUAAAAACAACACUCAUCAGUCUUAGGAAAUUUAAACUUUGAUCAUCUUAACUAAAGGGUAGUAAGAAGUUUUCAAAUACAAAUAUUUGCCAACUCACAGACGAUAACAUUUAAGGCCUUCAAAAGUAAGGGUUUUCUUUGUUUCUCCACUCAGCUUUAGUCAACAAAUAGGUUUUUCAUAAACAUGUUUUAUUUGUAUAAUUACAACAGUUUAAGAAAUUACUACAACUAUUUGCUAUAGAAACAUUUAAAAUGUUCUCUUUUGAUAUAAGCUAUAUACUUGGAUAAAAUUGGUAUCUAAAAUUUGAGGUGUGUUAAGACUGCUUUUUGUUUUAAAAAAUGUGGUUUACAUUCAAAUUUUGGAAGUGUUUUAUGCUUCAUAUGGCUAAGAUGUAGCUUGGCAGAGUUAACAGCAUAAGAAUAAACAUGCUGUAAUUUUAAAGGAUGCUUUGAAUAAAAAUUUAUUUUAAUUUAAAA